AUGCGAUUACAAAUUGUAUUCAUCGUCAUUGCGUUUGCAGUUCUAUUCGAACAUCAAUGUUUAGCAGACAAAGAUAAAAGUACCAAAAAGAAAGGAAAAGGAAAAGAUGAGACAGAUGGCUGGAAUUGGAGAGACAAUUAUUUAGAUGAAAAUGAAGAUGCAUAUCAUCAUGAUAAACCAUCACAUCAUCAUGAUAAACAUAAGGAUUCAUAUGAUGACAAAUCAGACUACAAAGAUGGAAAGUCAGACCACAAAGAUGGAAAAUCAGACUACAAAGAUGGAAAAUCAUCCCAUAAAGAUGGUAAAUCAGACUACGAUGAUGAUAAAUCACGCCACAGUGGUGAAAAAUCAGACUACAAAGAUGGUAAAUCAUCCCACAAAGAUGGUAAAUCAUCCUACGAUGAUGAUAAAUCACGCCACAGUGGUGAAAGAACAAACUACAAAGGUGGUAAAUCAUCUCACAAAGAUGGUAAAUCAGACUACGAUGAUGAUAAAUCACGCCACAGUGGUGAAAAAUCAGACUACAAAGGUGGUAAAUCAUCCCACAAAGAUGAUAAAACAGACUAUGAUCAUGAUAAAUCACGCCACAGUGGUGAACGUACAAACUACAAAGGUGGUAAGUCAAAUUACAAAGGUAGUAAAUCAUCCUACAACGAUGAUGAUGACAACUCAUAUGAAAGACGACCAUCUUAUAACGAUGAUGAUGAUUAUCAAAGUUCAAACUACAAUCAAAAAAAUAAAAAACCAGAUGAUCUUGGUCAUAUGAAUAUCUAUUUCCGUGAACCAUCAAAAGAUGGUAAACGAAGAAAACCAAAACGUUUUCGUUUUCCAGUUGCUCGAUAUGAACGUGAACGAUUUCCUAAAUCAUUUGGUCCACUUAUUAGUUUUCUUCCAUGGUUACCAAUCUUUGCUGAUCGUCUUACAAAACAAACAAUUAUCUAUUCACCAACAGGCGGUGUUUAUAUAAUUCCACCAGUCAUCAAUUUCUACGGACGAAUGACUUCAGUUGCUGAACUUAUUUCAUCUGGUUAUGCUAGUUUAGUUAGCAGUGGAGCUCCACCACCACCAGCUGUUAAUGUUGCACCACUCGUACAACCUGGUCCAGUUGUUGGUCCUGGUGUACCAGCUGUUAAUCCAGUUGCAGGUGGUUUUACAGGUGGUGUUAAAACCGAUUUUCGUACAUUUGAAAAAGAAAAACAUCCAAAAUCAGUUGAAGGAAACCAUCGUUAUCACAACAAAGAUAAUUAUGAUAAACCACGAGGUGGUUAUUAA